AGUAUUAAAUUUGAAUGUUCAAGUGCUUACAUAUACUGUGUGGAUGUUUGUGAUCCACAGUGCGCCCUACAACGCCGGGAGAGGGGAAGCCCUCCAUCUUUCUUCUCUCUGCCAUGUCACCUGCUUCUCCCUCUCUUCCUUCCACAGAUUCCCAGCUUAACUGGAGGAAGCGGAAGCGAGAUAGAAACCCUAAGCGUCAGCAGAAGCCCCAUGAGGAGGAUGAGGAGGAGGACGAGGAUGCUGAUGCUGUGGCGGCCGGCGAUGAGGACGCGGAGGGCGAUAAAGACUAUCGUGCCGACCGUAAUACUGGCAGCGCCUUCGAUCUGCGACAUACCGAGGUCCUUUCUGAUGGCGGUCAGCGGAUCUGCGACUUCCCCGUCGUCAUCCGACGUACUGUAAACCGGCCGCAUGUCUCCGUUAUCUCUAUUGUGGUUGCAGAAAGGCUGCAGUUAUCGGGUGCUUCAUCUUGGGGUGGUUCGGCCAACCUUCCUUUUCUUGAGAAUAUCUCCCACGGCCAACUUCAGGCCCUGUCCUCAGUCCUUCCCGACCAUACUUCUCUCCAUCCACCGGACUUUGACAAGCACUCGACUUAUGUGUGCACGUCUCCUGUUCUAAUGGAAGGCAAAGGGAUCAUGAAGCGGUUUGGGAACGAUCAAGUCCUCAUUGUCCCUAUGCAUUCUGAUUGGUUUUCUUCAACUAACGUACACCGGCUCGAGAGACAAGUGAUACCGCACUUCUUCAACGGGAGGUCAACAGAGCACACGCCUGAGAAGUACACGGCUUUAAGAAAUAAGAUAAUUGCUAAGUAUAUGGAGAGUCCUGCUCGGAGGCUUUCGUUUGCAGAUUGCCAGGGGCUUGUAGCGGAUAGCGAACUAUAUGAUCUUAGCAGGAUUGUGAGGUUCUUGGAUCACUGGGGGAUAAUUAAUUACCUCUCUGCUUCCUCAGUUCAUCGAGGACUAAGGAUGGCUGGUUCUCUUCUUCGGGAGGAUGCCAGUGGAGAGCUCAGUGUGCAGACUAAACCACUGAGAUCCAUUGAUAGUUUAAUUUUGUUUGACAGGCCUAAAUGUAGUCUCAAACUUGAUGAUAUGGCCUUUUUGCCAACUUCUUCAUCUUCCGUGGAUUCAGUUUCUUGUUUAGGUGAUCUGGAUGUUAGGAUUCGUGAAAAGUUAUCUGAACAUGCCUGUAGUUACUGCUCCAAGCCACUGCCUAAUUUAUUCUACCAAUCCCAGAAGGAGGCAGAAACAGUCCUAUGCUCAGAGUGCUUCAGCGAUGCGAAAUUUAUCACCGGUCACUCGAGCUUAGAUUUUGUAAGAAUGGACUCUAAGAAAGAUUUUACUGAUGUAGACGGGGAUAGUUGGACAGAUCAGGAAACCUUAUUGCUUCUUGAGGCUAUAGAGAAAUAUAAUGAUAACUGGAAUGAAAUUGCCAAGCAUGUUGGUACCAAAUCAAAAGCACAAUGCAUUCUUCAUUUUAUUGGUCUCCCUAUUGAGGAUGGAUUGCUUGAAAAUAUUGAUGUUCCGAGAGUAGAUGCUUCAGCUGUUUCAUCCGAGAUGCAGAAUAAUGGAUUCUCCUGGUCAAAUUCCCAGAGCAAUGCGGCAACUUCAGAACUUGAUUCUGGAGAUCAGCUUCCCUUUAUUAGUUCUGCAAACCCUGUUAUGUCCCUGGUUGCAUUUUUGGCCUCUGCAAUUGCACCUAGGGUUGCUGCUUCCUGCGCUAGCGCAGCAUUAUCAGUCCUUACUAAAGAAGAUUUCAGGCUGAAUCCAGAGAAUGUUCAUGAUGUAGUUGGUUCACAGGGAGCGAGUUAUACAAACUCAUCUAACCAAAAGGAUAAUUAUACUGAAGAUCAAGCUUCAAAUUUAAGCAGAGAUUCAAAUUCUCUUUCUAGCGAGCAUGUAAGGUAUGCUGCUUUGUGUGGUCUUUCUGCUGCGGCGACGAAGACAAAACUAUUCGCAGAUCAAGAAGAACGUGAAGUGCAAAGGCUGGCUGCGAAUAUUAUUAGUCACCAGUUAAAGAGACUGGAGCUGAAGCUAAAACAAUUUGCAGAGGUGGAAACAUUUUUAUUGAACGAAACUGAAAAGGUGGAGAGAAUGCGACAAAGGAUUUCUGCAGAGCGCGCCCGAAUCAUGGCCACCUGCUUCGCGCCACCCGGAGCCUCUUCGCUGGCAGGUUCGCUAGCUGCAUCCGGUGCGAUGGCAGGUUCAUUAGCACCAUCGACUGGAAAUUUAAACCUCAGACCGGCAACAAUGCCGGUAGCCAAUGGGCAGGGAAACCUCACUCCAGCUUAUGGGAACAGUUUGCCUCAUCCUCACUCACAGUUCAUGCAAAGACAGCAGAUGUUUUCUUUUGGACCGAGGCUUCCUCUCUCUGCCAUUCAUCCCCCCUCUUCAGGAUCUUCUCAAAAUACAAUGUUUAAUUCUGGUAUGACUAACACAUCUACUCAUCAUCCUUUAUCUAGAUCAUCUUCUGGUAAUAAUUCAAACAUUGGUUGACUCGAGGAAUUCAAAUUUGGAGUAUUUAACUGUAAUUUAUGGCAUAACUUAGAAAAGGUUCGAUAAAUUAAAUAUUCUGGUUGAUAAAUUAAAUUUGAAAAUUAUGUUGUAUUGUUAGUUUUAUUUAUUUAUUUAUUUUUAUUUGUUAGUUAGGGGAUCUUCGUGAAUGCGUAGGGUUGUAAAUGAACCGAGUUUGGGCGAGCUCAUGUAUUGUUUAAUUCGACUUGUUAAACAAACGAGUCGGAAUUUUUUAUUGAGCUGAACAUUAGUUGUUUAUGAAUGUACGUCU